UAAUUCCUCCCCAGUCCCCACCACUGAUUUACUCCUGCUCUCCUUCCGAAGCACUCCAUUUUAUAAGGCCAUCAAAUUUAGAAGAGUAUCGAAGCCUGAAAUGGGGGGUGAAAUCUUUGUUCUUAGCGGCUACGGCCAUGGCCACCUCCAUCCUUGCAUGGAACUCUGCAACCACCUAUCCUCUCGAGAUUUCCAGACUACCCUCGUCAUAUCCUCUUCUCUCUCCUCCGCCAUGCCAUCCUCUUUCUCCCAGAAAGUCCUUCCAAUCGCCCCCUCCAACCGCUUCGUACCGGGAUCCGACCCUGUCCAAGCUGCCCAGGAUCUAGAAACCCACCUAACCAAUCACUAUGGAAACCAAAAUCAACCCCCGCCUUUAUGUGCCAUAGUUGAUUUUCAAAUGGGCUGGACCAAGACUAUUUUCUCCAAAUUUAACAUUCCGAUUAUCGGAUUUUUCACUUUCAGCGCCUGUGCCGCCGCCAUGGAGUGGGGAGCCUGGAAGGUCCAAGCCGCCGACAUAAAACCCGGCGAGACCCGUUUGAUUCCUGGGUUACCCGAAGUGAUGGGUCUUACGCAUUCAGACCUCAAAAGAAAACGUCCGGCCGGACCACCACCUGGCGGCGCUCCACCAACGGGGAGAGGACGAGGAGGCCCGCCGAAACCAGGCGAUCUCCCAUUCUGGGUUAAAGAAAUCGAAGGAUCAAUAGCUCUGAUGUUCAGCACGUGUGAUGAUCUCGAGCGUCCAUUUCUUUCCUACAUGGCCGAUCAGAUGGGUGUGCCUGCAUUUGGAGUCGGCCCACUCUUGCCGGAAAAUUACUGGAACCCACCUUCCGGUUCUCUGAUCAGUGACCGUCAGAUAAGGGGUGACAACCGCCAAUCGAACGUAACCGAAGAUGAUGUGAUUCAAUGGUUAGAUCGCAAGCCACGUGGGUCAGUCCUAUAUAUUGCUUUUGGGAGUGAAGUGGGUCCAACUACUGAGGAAUAUUCCGAACUAGCCGGUGCACUGUCGGAGACAACCCGACCGUUUAUUUGGGCCAUACAAUCCGGGUCGGGUUACACCGCCGAUGGGUUAGAGAGCAAGGUGGGUUACAGAGGCCUGAUAAUAUAUGGAUGGGCUCCCCAGUUGUUGAUUGUGAGCCACCAAUCGACGGGGGGGUUUUUGUCCCACUGCGGGUGGAACUCGACGUCGGAGGCAAUCGGACGUGGAGUCCGGAUCUUGGCGUGGCCCAUUAGAGGAGACCAAUACCAUAAUGCCAAGAUGGUGGUGAAUCAGCUUAAAAUAGGGUGGAGAGUGGCGGAAGAUAUGUCGGAGAUGGUGAAGAAGGAAGAUGUAAAGAAGGGGAUUGAAAAGGUGAUGGGUGAUGAAGAGAUGGGGAAUCGAGCGGCGCAAUGGAGAGAAAAAUUCAGCCAUGGUUUUCCGGCAAGUGCAGAUGCUGGAUUGGAUGCUUUUAAGGAGUUUAUUACCCGAAAACCAGCUGCAGUUUCAACUGUUUCCGUUAGUUAAAUGUCAUGUAAAUCUAGAUCAAGUCACGGUGACAACUGCAUAAUUUGAAUCUGAUGCUUCUGUUUGUAAUAUUCACAUUAUAAAAUAAAGCAAGACAUGUGAGUGAAAUCCUGGUUCUGUAUUGUAAUGAAUGAUGGAUUGUUUUGCAACUUGGAAUAUAACUGUUGAGACUUA